CGCAGUUUGUCAGUAGAAGUUGUCAUUCUUCUACGCGCGUGUGUGAUUGUUAUGAAAUCAGUUUCGGCCGGAAAAUAAUCAUCCAAAUCCAGUGGAAAACCAUGUCCAUCAAGGUGGGAGGAACAUUCAGCCGCUCCGGUGGAAUUGUGUCCGCUAUUGGCAAGCAGCUCAAGCUCAUCAACCUGAAGGCGGUGCAGCGGAUUACGGUCACGUUCGAUCCGUUUCAGGAAAAUGCCGUUCCCACAAGAGAGUUCCUGCAGCACCUGUCCUCGCCUCGGAUCGUGCAAUCCAACCCAUCGUGCUUGCUGAAGUCGGAAGUGGUGUGCGACCGGAGAUCGCCUUCCAUCAUUUUCCAGCUAUCCCCAACUGCCCAAGCCGAAGCAAAGCUCAAAAAGAUCGAAUUCAACAGUGCAAACCUUUCGACGCUGGAACUGCUUCAGCUGUGCAACAAACACGUUUCCAGCCUAGCUCCCAAAGAGAUCGUCUCCAGUGGCGUCAAGACCAAGUCCGAGAAGAAGGCCGGUGGCGCUAAGCGACGAUAGAAUCGUGCGGUCCAAGGUAACAUUUUCCCAGUAAGCUAAGAAAUGCCGGACAAAAAGCUAAAGGGUGGCCACAUGGCCAUCAUCGAGAACUGGUACCAUCAGAUUCCUGCCUUUACCGAUGUGUUUACCGAGGAGAGCUUCUACAUGUUUGUGGUGUGCUUCGUGCUGGCCACCAUUUGUGUGGUCUUUGUUCUGUCGCGGUUCAUCACUUUGAAACCAGUGGACUAACCGUACCGGAAACACGUUUAAUGGGGAAGGAUUCGAUUGUUGCAAACACAAACAAAAGUCAGCUUUAGGUAAUAAAAUUAACUAAAUUUAAUAAUU